AUGGCACCCGAACCGCAAGCCGAACCUCCCGCACAAGCCGAGGCGGCCCAAGAGGCACCCCAGCAACAACAAGAAGGCACAGAGCAACAAACCGAACAAGAACCACCAGCGAGCCCUCCCCUUCCCCAACGCCAUACAGCCGUAUCCCCCGGUCCCCGAGCUGCGCGUCUCCAAGAGCUCUAUGCCCGAUCGCUAAAAAAGACCUUGGGAAAGAUUGGAUGGGAAAAUGUCGCCGGGUGCUAUCCAACUGUUGCGAAGAGGGCAGAGGGUGUGCUGAAACAGGUUCAGGGACAGAUGGUAGACAAGCUGGGCGAGAAGUGCGAAAAAGAAUUUGAGAAUAUUAUGGUUUCGAGACAGGUCGUUCCCAAGCUGAACGAUCUCGAGAGUCUCAUUAGCGAUGCUUCGCAUCGGCGCGCAGAAUCAACCACAGAACCACCGACACCACCACAUAUGCUCCCUCCAUCAACCAUCCUCGCAGCCCAUCUCUCACCUACACUCACAGCUCACCAAUCGCAACUCAAUGCACGCCUGCAAACGACACAAUCGCAAAACGCCCUAUUACACGACGAAGUGCAGCGCCAGAGAGAGGAAAUCCGAGCGCUGUUGGAUGCCCUUGAGGCUGUCGUUGCCGACGUUCAGGGCGCAAAUGAUGCGCUGCGCCCUAUUGUAGACGAUGUUGCUGCCGAGACGAGACAGGGAAUUGCGGCGGUUGAUGCUGCGAGUGGUGGUGGGCAAGGACAGCCUGGAGCAACAACAUGA